GUCCUGGCCCAUUCCGAUUCCGUGGCCCUCGCCAUCUGGAUUGUGAAUGUCAACGCUUGGGGUGCUUUUCCAGACCUUCUGGAGUCGGAGCCCGACGCGCGCAUCUUGCUGGUCGAGGAACAUCGUUUUCGGGAUCCUGAGGCCCGUCACCGCGCCUCGUCGAGCUGUCUUCGGUUAGGCUGGAAGUCUAUUUGGGUGCCGGGCAUUCCUGGCCCGCAGGAUGGAGAUAGCUCGGGUGUUGCGGGUCUUGCUCAUGAUCGGCUCGGCCUGUUUGAGGUUGAAGGUGGCAACGUGCUCAACGGCAGAGUGCUGUCUUGCAUGGUGCGCGCUCCCGUUUCGCCAGCCUUCUGCCUAAGCUCGCUCUAUCUGGAGCACUCGGUGGGCCUCGGCGCGGCCAACUCGCAGGCCAAGCUCGGUGAGUUCUUGACCAACCUUGAUAGCGAGUUCGUCGUGGCAGGUGAUUGCAGCUAUGAUCCAAAGCUGCGUGACGAGGACUGGUUCAAGGUCCUUGAUUGUGUUGGGGAUGCUAAGGAAACGGUUGCGAGAGGCGAUGGUGCUGGUGCCUUCGCUCGCUUGCCGCUCAUGUAUCAGCUGUGGGCCGAUCAGGCCGAACUCGCCCUCGAGCGUUUGCUCGGCUGUGAAUUGCCGAUCCAUGGGUCUCGAGGCGCACCUGUUGAAACCGAUUGGAAGCGCAUUGUUAAGCCCCUCAAGCCCCCCGAGGAUUCCAUGCUCAGAGGCCUCGGGUGGCUUGGAAGUCAGGUGUGUGCUCUCCCAGCGGAGCUCGCGGCUCUCGGGGCCCGCGACGGCGAGUUUACGUGCGUGGUAGAGUCGCUCAAG